AUGAAGAAAGAUUUCUCAUGCUGCUGCCCAUCCUGGAUCCCGAGCAGGGAAACUACUUGUUUCUGUCUGCUCGGUGUGCUCAUUGCUCUUUACAUGCUGGCUGGCGCAGUCAUAUUUUCUUCCUUGGAGAGUCCAGCAGAGUUACAGGCCCACCAGCUCCGGGAAAGGAGGCUAAGGGACUUCAGUCAUGAGCAUAAAAUUAGUUGCGAAGACCUGAAACAUUUGUUGUGCCACUAUGAAGAAGAGGACAGUAUCCGGAGAGAGCAAAGCAGAGCCCUUUGGGACAUCCCAGGUGCUUUCUAUUUUGUGGGAACUGUAGUCUCCACCAUUGGAUUUGGAGCAGCUGCCCCAUCCACUGUGACAGAGAAGGUCUUACUUGUUUUCUAUGGGCUGCUGGGCUGCUCCGCCACCAUACUCUUCUUCAAUCUCUUCCUGGAGAAAGUCAUAACGUUACUGAGCCUCCAUGUUCUGGUGCCACAGAAUGAGAGCAGACUAAGAGGCAGAGCCAGUGAAGGUAACAGAAAUGAAGAAUUGAAACCAUCCGUGUACCAAGUAACUCUCAUCCUUUUUGUUGCUGUCCUGCUGGUUGCAUGUGGGGCUGCCUCCCUCUAUUCAGCCAUGGAGGGCUGGACUUACUUGGAGUCCCUCUAUUUCUGCUUUGUGGCAUUCAGCACAGUGGGCUUUGGAGACCUUGUAAGUGGCCAGAAGGAGCACCAUGAGGACACAUGGGCCUACCAGGUUGCUAGUCUCCUUAUGCUCUUGGGAGUGUGGUGCACUUACUCUCUCUUUAAUGCUAUCUCUGUGAUCAUCAAACAGGGACUGAACUUGAUGCUGAAGAUACUGGCCUGGAUGUACAGCGCUAUCUGCCACUAUGACGCUCUGCAUAAGCAGCAGCUGCUUGCAGUUUCCAGUUCAACCCGCAGUAUGAUCUGGCACUCGUGA